CUUUAACCGGUUACAACAAAUUCGGACGGUAUUCGAACUCCAUAUAGCUUGUCCCGGUAUACCGGUAACCGGUUUCAGAAACCGGCGUGUUAACCGGAUACCGAUAAGCUAACUGGAUACAAGCAACCAAAACCCCUAAUUUUGAUAUGCCCCCCAUUCUUUCCUCUCCAUCUACCACCAGUCCAUUUCCUCCUUCUCAUUCUUUCCUCUCGACCUGCCCCAUUUGAGAUUUACCUUCUUCUCUUCUCAUGGGCCAUCUCUCUGGUACAGUGUACUGACGGAAGUAAAGGAAUGGUGCGAAGCGGAAGGGACUUCUUCUUUCUUCUCAUCCUUUCUGGAGUUUGGGGCAAAAUCAGAGGAAGAAAAUCAAAGAGCGAUAGAGAUUUCCGGAAGAAGAUGGACAUGCAUCGCCUUUCUCCACUCCUCCGCCCUACGCCGCCAUCGCUACGUCUCCCGUUCCAUAUCGGCUUCCCCGGCACCAUCGUUGUCGCCAUCGUCUUUCCCGACACCAUCGCUGUCGCGUCCGUGUUGCCAGCUUCAACCAUCGAAUCAACGGCAAUCAAGCCACCAUCGAGAUCUGAUCGGACAUCGUCGCUCAGCCUCUUUCACAGCCGCCGUCGAUAUCACAGUCCGGGUACUCUGUUUUCUCGAUUCGCCGAUUCGCCCACGGUAAGGAUGCAUGUUUAGAGGGAUGCGAUAUCGCCGAUUCGCCACCAGAUCUGGAACUCGUCGCUUGAAAGCUUGAAAGUCGGCGGUGAGAGAGGUUUGGGGUUGGGAAACGGGAAAUCAAAUUUCUCCUUCUUCAUCUACGCAAGCUAGCAACACCCUUUCGGGUAACCGGCAGAACACCGAUAACCGGAUGAUUCGGUAACCGGUAUUACCGUCUCCAAGUCUGUAUCGGCAAUCAACAGGAUUUUGCUGGGGUACGGUAUACCGAAUACCGGUUAAUUGGAACCGGUUAACCGGUAACCGACCGAUUACCACCCUCUAUGUAGCCACCAUAGCUGCUCCCUUGUAUUUGCAUAUGCUAAGUGAGGAAAAGAAUUUUCUCCGGUUGGAACUUGGAAUAGGUUGGCGUUUGUUAGCUUGUUAAUGGAUUUUUCUUCUAUGUUGUUAAUUAAAAUAUUAAAUAGAAUUUGGAGAGUAUCGCCAAAUGCAUUACUGACGGAGAGAAUCCUGUAAGGAGGAACUUAAAUGGAACAACUGAACUCAACUAUGGUAGAAUAGACGGCUUAAAGUUGUGGGGAUACAAGGUCUUUAUUGUUAUUUUCUACCUCUCUUACUUAUACUCAAACGUCUUAAACAUGUCCAUUCCACAUUUGGAGAUUGUGUAAAGAAAUUAUAAACAAUUCUAUUUUCAGUAUUAGUAUAAAUGAAUAGUUAAAAAUUUUAUUUCGAGUUCUCGUAGUAGAACCUUCGAUUGAGAUGUUAUGUAUUUUAAUUCUCACGACUUUUAAUUAUUUAUUUAUGUAUAAUUUAUGACGGGUCUGUGCAAAUUUCAAGAUGUCUAAAACAUAUCCAUUCCACAUUUGGAGAUUGUGUAAGUGACUCGCUAUGUUACAACUCCUAACAAACGCCAAGUGUAACCAAUGAAAGGGACUGCAGUAUAGUGGCUCAAGUAAUAAAUAUCGAAUCCACGGGUCUCUAGAGUUACUAUUACUCAGCUUCAGUUCAUUAUUUAGCAAACCAGAUUAAUAAGGAAGAACUAAAACUACUCUAGCAAACUACAGUUAAAGUUAAUCUAAUUACAGGUUGGGAACUCACUUAGGUAUGAUUCCCCCUAGCCACUAGCCAGACUAACAAUUGAUGAUUUCUAACUUGUUUCACUUUCAUUCAUAAUGCGGAGAAUCCUUGGCUAGACCUUGAGUCUCGACUAAAGGAACAGGGCCAUCUUGAGUCAAUUGCCUAGAGGGACGUAUCCUUCUCUAGAAUAACCGAUCAAGGCAUUCUGAACUAGAUUCCCUCUAUCGAAAGAGGUUCUCAAUCGAUACAAAGCAGUGAAUCAACCCUCAACUAAAGCAAUCGAUCCACUACUACCAAUCUAUGGUGCUCUAUUGACCUAAUCAGGUAUUCGCUCUCAUAGGAUCAAAGCAGAAUCAAUAAUCUCGACUAAAGCAGAAUUGAAUCAUGAAAACAUGCAUAGAUUGAAUAUAAACUCAAGGUUAUCAAGUCAGAGUACUCAUACAAUCAUCCAAUCAAACAAACAUAGCUAGGGUUCUUCAAAACCUAAGUGAAGGGAAGUUACUCCAUAGAGAAGAGAGAGACAAUAGUAAGAAUCUUCAGAUGAUAAGUCUUCAAGUCCGGGCUUGUUCCUCGAGCUUCCAAGGCGAAAAAAUCCUCCAAUUCCACUCCAAGAAUGCCCUCAAAUCGCCAUCUCUCUCUUUGGUUCGUCCCUUGGGUGUUUGAGAUCCAAAACCCUGCUCUCUCUUUCCUUUGGCUCGAAUCUGCCUCAAAAACCCGAUUCUGGGCGAAAUACGGGCAGAAAUACGGUCGUAAUUCUUCCAUGCCCGUAUUUUGCCCAAAACACGCGUUUUGGUUAAGUUUCAGCGCAUCCAAAGCUCCUCUCGGCAGUGAAAAUACGGGCAUGGGAGGGGAAAUACAGUCGUAAUUCUCCUGCCCGUAAUUCUUCCUCCGCCCCUGUUUAAUUCUUCGUUUCUCCCUCGUCUGGACUCUGAAUCA